AUGGUUCUUCAGUGUGCAAUUAAAACCUGCAAAGAAAAGUCUUCAGGGAAAAUAAAGAUGCAUGGUAUACCUCGAUCAAUUGACAUGAUGAAUAAGUGGUUGAAAACUAUACGUUCAUUUCAACCUGACUUUCAAACCACUACUCACACUAAAAUAUGUAGUUUACAUUUUUUAGAAGAUGACUAUAAUUUAAGUGUAGUGAACAAUCAAAAAGUUUUGAAAAAAUCUGCAAUUCCCAGUGUUUUUACAAAAUUCGCAUCUAUGAUUGAAGAAAUUGAAGUUGACGAAAUUGAAGUUGAAGAAAAUAAAGUCGAUGAAAUUGAAGUUGAAGAAAAUAAAGUCAAUGAAAUUGAAGUUCAAGACAAUAAAGUCGAUGAAAUUGAAGUUCAAGAAAAUAAGGAUAUCGAUGAUGUACCACCAUUUGAGGAAAAUUUACCUGGGCCAUCUGUUACAGAUAGUGCACGAAAGGUAAACAAACGUAAAUUUUAUAUUGGUGAUUUUAAAAGCGAAAAUGAUCUAGAAAGCCCAAAUAGUCGACGGAAAUUAUUCCAUGCAGCACAAACUUCCCAUAAAAAAUACCAAUCAACCAUAAGAAAACUUCGAAUGCAAAACCUUAACCUGAAAAAAAAGAUUUUAAACUUAGGUCAAUUAAUUGAUCACCUUAAAAGUGACAACAAAAUUAAUGAAAGCAGUUUUUCAUUUCUUAAG